AUGAAUUAUAAUUCAAGGGAUACCCCUUCUUUUUUGAAUAAAUAUUUGUAGAAAGAUACAAACCCUAAGCGACCAUUUGAGAGCCAAAAUAAAUCCUAUUAAAAAUAUGAGGCGUCUCCAUUAAUAAAGCAACCUGUGAAAAAAACAUUGGAGUUAAAUUUUUCAAGUUUGGAAGAGUAAUCAUUCAAAAAAUAAACUGUCUUACCCAAUUAUGAACCAACAAAAUGCUCAUCAGGUCGAAAUGGAAUAAUUAGAGCUUAUGCUGCUAAUACAAAUUAAGGAAUUGUUAGAGAUUAUAAUGAAGAUAGAGUCUCUAUAAUUUUGAAUAUAGUGAAACCAUAAAAUAGAGCAUCAGAAAACUGGCCUAAAUGUUCAUUUUUUGGAGUUUAUGAUGGCCAUGGAGGAGCAGCUUGUGCUGACUUUUUAAGAGAUACCUUACAUUAAUUUGUAAUAAAAGAACCUGAAUUUCCUUGGAACCCUGUAGGAGCCAUAAGAAAAGGAUUUGAAGCAGCAGAAAACCAUUUUUUAGCCUUUGCAUUAGAUCAAUAUUCAAAAGGAAUUCAAGAAAGAAGUGGUUCUUGUGCAAUAGUUUGCUUAAUUGUUGGAGAUAUUUGCUAUGUGGCCAAUGUUGGAGAUAGUAGAGCUGUGCUAAGUUCUCAAAAAGGGAAAAGAGUGACUAAUUUAUCAAUCGAUCAUAAACCAGAAACAGAAGCUGAGAGAAUUCAGAGAGGAGGAGGAAAAAUAUAUCAGACUUAAGGAAUUAAUGAAGAAGGAACUUAAGUUACAGGACCAGUUAGAGUUAUGCCAGGGAGGUUAUCAGUUUCAAGAACUUUUGGAGACAUUGAAGCUAAAUUUGAAUAAUUUGGUGGAAAUUCAAAAGUUGUGAUAUCUGAACCAGAUGUCAAAAUAUUUAAAAUUAAUUAAGAUCAUGAUUUCAUUGUUUUAGGAUGUGACGGGAUAUUUGAUAAAAUGUCAUCAGGAGAUGUCGUUAAUAUCAUUUGGCAAGACAUUCAAAAUAAUACAAAAUCAAACUUACAUUCAGUAUUAUCUACUGCAGUUGAUUCAGUUUUGAAAGAAGCAAUAUAUAAAAAAAGUAGCGAUAAUGUUACUUUGUUGAUCGUUGCUUUUUAGAUAAAUGCUUAAAAAGAAGAGUAGAAAGAAAUCAAAUGUUCAUACAGCAAUUCUGUUGAAAGAAUUGAAGAAACCUAUCAUGUCAAUAGUAGACCAAGAAUAAGCCAAUAAAUCCCAAGAAGAAAUGAUGAAAACUUUUCAUAAUUUAGUAGUCUAAACUAUUGCAAUCAAAAUACUUCCAUACAUAAUAAUAUUAAAUCAGCCUUAGUCCAAAAUUUUUAGCAUCGAAUAUUAAAAUAACAAUAAAACAAAAAGUCCUGUCAGGAUGAAUAAACAAAUAAAGUCAAAUCUAGUUAUAUGAUUUGA